UUGAGUGCAGUCACGUGGUGUGCACACAGCCGGCUGGGAUUAGUAGUUUUAAACUGAGAGGCUUCCGUAGAAGUGUGACAGGAGGACUCGUUCCAAGUUCAGAAAUACACAAACAUGCCACGGAGGGGAAGAAAAAGUAUGGACACUGAAGAUGGUGAUCCUGUUCCUUCCAAGGUGCCUCGGGAGCUAGAAUUGUUGUACAAAUCACCUCUGGACUUUAGUAGCCCAACAAAACUUUUUGAAAGUUUCAUAGCACCAAUAAAAUCUGAAGAUUUUUUCGCUGAGUACUGGGAAAAAAAGCCGCUGCUUAUUCAAAGAGACCAGAAUGAUUUAGGCACUUACUAUCAGAGCCUAUUCAAGCUUUCUGACUUGAAACAUAUAUCCUCAAAAGGCAUAUUCUACGGCAGAGAUGUGAACGUGUGUAAGUGCAGAAAUGGAAAGAAAAUGACCCUCCCGAGGCAGGGAAAAGCCACCUUCCUGCAUCUCAUGAAAGACUUCAGCAGUGGAAAAGCAACAAUACAAUUUCAUCAACCUCAGAGAUUCAGUGAUGAGUUAUGGCACAUUAUGGAAAAGCUGGAAUGCUUCUUCGGCGCUCUAGUUGGUAGCAACGUGUACAUCACCCCGCCAGACUCUCAGGGUCUGCCUCCUCACUACGAUGAUGUUGAGGUUUUUAUUCUUCAGUUGGAAGGAGAGAAACACUGGUGUCUUUAUGAACCCAAAGUACACCUCGCUAGAGAGUACAAUGUAGAACCUGAAGGCACUAUUGGGGCACCUACUCUUGAUUUAAUAUUAAAGCCAGGUGAUAUGUUAUAUUUCCCUCGAGGAACUAUUCAUCAAGCUCGCACCCCUGCUGGUUCAUCACAUUCCACUCAUGUGACCAUUAGCACCUACCAAAACAACACUUGGGCUGAUUAUCUGCAGGACCUGAUUCCGGGACUUUUGUUUGAUUCAAGCAAGGAUAACAUUGACCUACGGAGAGGCCUUCCUCGGCAGCUGCUUAUGCAAACAGACCCAUCUGAUUGUGCAGAGAAGAUAAGUUCGCUUCUAACGGAUCUAGUAAAAAGGCUACAGACAAAAAAGGACAUUAGGCCAUUUGAAAUGGUGCGAGACUUCAUGGGAAACAGAUUACCACCUUAUAUGAAUGCUGAUGCUGGGCACAAAGAAGAUGCAACAGGAGGAGUGCUGCCUAAGCUUAACAGUACAAUCAAACUGAAGUACAAGGAUUACACAACACUGUCGGUGCAACAUGUUGCAGAUUCAGAUGAUAGCUCCACCCAGCGGAUGGUUUUUGUCUACCAUGCCAUGAGAAAUGGUCGGGAACAGCAUAUGAUGAACACACAUGACGAAUCACUUAACGUUAAUGGUUUGCGUUUUUCUCUUUCACAUAUUGAUGCUUUAAAAGAAAUUUGGCGGGAAGAGCCUAUAUGUGUGAAUAAUCUGCCUCUGGAAUCUGACCGUGACAAAGAAAACCUUGCAAUAUCUCUGUGGACUGAAGGGCUAUUGGCUGUCACGCCAUAAACCGUUUUAAUACAGUAUAUAUUAAAAUCUAUUUUUCAAUUACUGUAUUGAUAUUUUUGCACACAAGAUAUUUUUGGUGAUAUAGUUUAAAUCUGAAAAUGUAAAAUUAAAUUUUCAACUUUAUAUUCUAAUGCAUUUUUCAGAUAAACGAAGACUAAUGGUGCCAAAACAAUGCCAAUAAAAAUGCCCUUCGACUGCCUGUUUAUAAUAUGUAGGUGCACGGCAAUUUUUCAAAUGCUGGGUUAUUUCAUUUUGAUCAACAUCAACAUUUAAAGUACUAAAUUUGCUCUUAAAGGGAUAUGAAUCCCACAUUUUUUCUUUUGUAAUUCAGACAGAGCAUAUCAUUGUAAAAAAAAAAAAGUUUCCAAUUUACUUCUAUUAUCAAAUUUGCUUCGUUCCUAUGAUAUUCUUUGUUGAAGAGACACCUAGGUAGGUGUGUGGAGCACUACAUAUCAGGAAAUAGUGCUGCCAUUUAGUGCUCUUGCAUAUGAAUAAUCUUGCAAAGCUGCUGCUUUAUAGUGCUCCUAACACAUGGACACUCCUUAGCUUAUGUUUCUGCUUUUCAACAACAGAUACCAAGAGAAUGAUUUUUUAUAAUAGAAGUAUAAAGUUGUUAAAACUACAAGCUCUACCUGCAUUAUAAAAUAUAUUUUUUGGGUUACACGCCCCUUUUAUAGUAAGAGGUUGUCAACUGCAAACCACUGUUACAUAUUUGAUAGAAUUGAUAUUGUUGAUAAAAAGGAGACAAAAAAAAACAUACAAUGAUCUCUCAUUAUGUGCCUUUAUUAUACACAAAUGCAGGUAUUUAAAAUGGCCUAUGUGGAAUCUUUCUAGUUUGUGUCUACCUGAAAAUACAAGUUUUUCUUUAAGUAUA